CGGGAAGGAGGGAGGCUGUGGCACCGGCGGCGACUGCCGAGGAGGAGGAGGAGGAGAAGGAGGAGGGGGAGCGGAGGGAGGUGUUUCUGUCAGUUCCGGCUGUUUGUUCGGGAAGUGAAUCCGCCGCUGCCGGAGCAGCCCGGAGGGAGCUGCGGUUCGCGAGGCCAGUACCGACCCCGCCCGCCCGCGCGCACCGCCCGCGCCCGCCAUGGCCCGGGACUACGACCACCUCUUCAAGCUGCUCAUCAUCGGCGACAGCGGUGUGGGCAAGAGCAGCUUACUGUUACGAUUCGCAGACAACACUUUCUCAGGCAGCUACAUCACCACCAUCGGAGUGGAUUUCAAGAUUCGGACUGUGGAGAUCAACGGGGAGAAGGUGAAGCUGCAGAUCUGGGACACAGCUGGGCAGGAGCGCUUCCGCACCAUCACUUCCACGUAUUACCGUGGGACCCACGGGGUUAUUGUAGUGUACGACGUCACCAGUGCGGAGUCCUUUGUCAAUGUCAAGCGGUGGCUUCACGAAAUCAACCAGAACUGUGAUGAUGUAUGCCGAAUACUAGUGGGCAAUAAGAAUGAUGACCCUGAGCGGAAGGUGGUGGAGACAGAAGACGCCUAUAAAUUUGCUGGGCAGAUGGGAAUCCAGCUGUUUGAAACCAGUGCCAAGGAGAAUGUUAACGUGGAAGAGAUGUUCAACUGCAUCACAGAGCUGGUUCUGCGAGCAAAGAAAGACAACUUGGCGAAACAGCAGCAGCAGCAACAGAAUGAUGUGGUGAAGCUCACGAAGAACAGUAAACGAAAGAAACGCUGCUGCUAAUGCCCCAGUCCACUGCAGAGACUGCACUGUGGUCCCUCCCCCAGCCCGAGGCCCACGGGGGCUCCUCGGGGGACAGUCUCAGUUUUGUGCCGUUAUUUAAAGAAUUCUCUCCAUGUUUUUGUAUUGGGAGGCGCCAUCGGCACUUCCUCCCCCAUCCCCCCCCAGUGCCAAGAAGCUGUUGGAGGAGCCUGCCCUUCCCCACUGGUGCCCUCCUCCCUGCCGAGGCGCCUGGACCUGGUGAGGAUGCUGCCAGCGGAGCGGACUGAUUAACCAGUUUGUACAUAGUGUAUAUUGCUUUAACCAGCUGCACACCCUCGUCCUGCUCUGGCUUUUGCCUCCUUAAUGCCAGCCUGCUGCAACAGACCCUCCCCUGGCCCUCCUAUCCCACCUAAUGGCCAGCAGCUUCUGGAGGAGACGGCAUCAUGUUCUAAAGCGUCUUGGGCUGGCCUGGGACGGUGGAGUGGGCUCCAUGUUGCUCAUUCUUUCCUGCAGGCUGACAGCUUCAGUCCCAGGCAUACAGGGUCUGACCCCUCUCCAGGGCCUGCGCCCAUUUUCCUGCCCCCACAGUUGUUCUGGGAGCUGGGGAAACCUGGCCUUGAGGCAGUCAUCGCCCUCUGCUGGCCCCAGGCCUUUGGUCCCACAGAGGAGGAAAUCAGUCCUACCCUUUGGCCAACAGGUUUCUUGUCCUGCCUCCUGGACACCUCUGCUAGAAACCCAGGGGAGCCGUGGCUUCUACCUUACCAACAUGUUUCAGUUCCAACAGAAAGGUAGGGGUGUGUCCGUGCAGAGACUGGGCUUGCUGGAGGCUAGAGGAGCAUUAUCUUAACAGAUAAAGUGAAGCCAAAUCAAAUGAAUUAAGUUCCUCACCAUUAUUUUCUUUCCCUGAGGUUUGACUGGAACAGCAGCAAAAGUUGUGAUCACCCUACUUUGGGUCCAGUGUUUUUAGAAAAAGUGAAUUGCUUCCUGUCAUUGUGGGGCUGGACUCUUGGCCCUGAGAACAGAAAGGGCAUUUGCACCCUUGUCCACGUUGGCGCUCCCGGGGACAGUGUGUGUUACGCACCUCUGAAUGUGAGGGUGGGUGCCGGGGCUGCUGGACAGUGGGGUGACACCUCUGAGCUUGGAUCACUGACUAUUUCAGUACAAAGGUAGUAGGAAGACUUCUCAGUGGGACAUGAAAAGUGGCAGUGCGGCUGGUGACAGUCCAGUUCUGUGCACCCCAGUCCCCUGGAGGAGAAACCAGUCACCUACAUUUGAUUACUGUUCCCCUCCUUCCCUGGGGGGGUACUUCGUUCCCAUUUCCCCUAAAAGGAUCAUGUAACCGGGUAAGAAAUUAUUUCAACACCACAAUGUUUUAUUAAAUUUCCUUUGCUGGGUGAUUUCCAGGCAAAGCCCUGAUUGGACAAUCACAUCACAGAUCACACUGCAGAUUUUCCAUGUUAACACUGUGGAUGGGUUUUUAAUCAAUAAAAACGGGGUUUCUUCUCA